AUGGGACGCCCAAAGAAGCUUGAACGCAGAACGAUGAUAAACAUCAAUGAGACAACACUGUUGAGAUGGAAUGGUUUGAGAAAAGAAGCAAGCACGAAUGAAAAACUUCUUUCACAUAAUGAGUUUGCGCUAUAUCUUUUAAACUUAGCCGCUAAUCAUCUACUCCAUCGACAAACAGCCGGCACGAUAAAAAGUUCUCCUGAGCAUAUUGAUCACUGCUACACGAAGGAAUUAUCACAUUCCAACAAAUGCAAUGUAGAUUCAAGUUCAACUUUACAAGAAGAAGAAACUUCACAUGUUGAGGCACCUACCAGUAUAAGUCUCUUCAAAUCACCAAGUGCUUGUUCGACAGGAUUGAAGAAUUUACCUGUUGCUGAAUCUACACCAAGAUUUCCAAAGCGUGCUCGGACAUUGGAGUUUCCUGUAACCAUGACUUCUGAACAGACAACUGAAGGUGAUUUUGGAUCAGACACAAAACAAUUUACUCAUUCAAACGGGGAAGAAGAAUCCUCUAAAUCUAUUCUUGGUAGCACUCUUGCUGAGAGUUUUCAUGCUACUAGAAUGAGUAAAAUGAAUGAAAGUUUUAAUUCAUUAGAAGGGGAUCCUUUAUCCUCACACAGGCAAACUAUACCAUCUGAUCAUUUGUCUGACAGCUCCUCAGAUGAUUCAGACAGUCAAAGCACUUCCUCAGAUGAAUCAAGCUCAUAUCCAGACGAUUCAAGUUCUUUGUUAACUUCUGAUAGUGACUUUGAGUUUUGGUCUGAUGAUGAAUUUCUUGAAAAUCCCGGGAACCAAAUUGAUGAAAUUCAUGAUAAAGAGAGAGAUUUAAAUAGGACCUUUUUAGAAGAACAGGAAAUGGAACUUUGCACAACUUUUAAUAUGGACAACACUAUUUUUGCACCUUUUAAUAGCAAUGUGAAAGAAAUAAACAGCAAACUUGAGCCAAUGCUGCAAGCAAUGUUUAAAGAAGAUAUGGUUGAAUCUGAUAUUGUGAACCGGGACAGAAUUAUAGUUACUGUUGAAAAGUUGAUUGAACUGAAAGGCAACAUGUGUAAUUUUGCCUUUGCAAAUGGCCAAAUAUGCCAAGAACAUGUAAAUUUUGACAAAGAAAUAAAGGGAUCAGUUUUAACUUUGAGAUGGGAAUGUGUCAAAAAGCACAAAGGACUGUGGCGUUCUUCAGAGGAAGUAAAUGUAGCAAGUCCUUCACCUGUAUUUACAAAUGACAUUUUGUUAACUGCCUGUGUUGUCAUGUCAGGAAAUCAUUAUGGGAAAAUUGCAUUGCUAUCUAAGUUUCUAAAACUUAAGAUUCCCAGCCAAAGCACAUUCACCAGAAAUCAAAGGUUUUUUAUCAUACCUACCAUCUUAGAUGCCUGGACUGAGUUAAAGCAAAAUACUUCCAGUAUUUUGACACUGUACAAAGAUUUGUGUCUAAUUGGUGAUGGCAGGAAUGAUUCACCAGGUUUCAGUGCCCGGUACUGUGUGUAUGUUUUGAUGGAACAGUUGACUGGAAUAAUAAUCGAUCUAGAGGUUUUGGACAGAAGAGAGACUGGUGGUCACUCUCCGAAUAUGGAACGUGAAGGGUUGACGAGACUACUAGAAAGACUAAUGAAAACAUUCAGUUUGUCCGAAGUUGUGACUGAUGCAUCAAGCUCAGUUAUAAAGCGUUUAUCAGAUUUGAAAGGAAAACAUCCAGAACUCAAGGCACUUAUGCAUAGCCUUGAUGUCUGGCAUAAGGCUAAAAGUUUAUCCAAACAGCUGCACAAAGCUUCAAAGGGAAAAGACUGUGAAGGAUUGAAAGAAUGGAUACCAAGCAUUGUUAACCAUUUUUGGUACUCAUGUCAAGUAGCAAAUGGCGACGUUAAAAAACUUAAAGACUGCUGGUUUGGCACAGUGCAUCAUGUCUGUGGAGAACACACAUGGUUAUCUUCAGAGUGCAUGCAUGGGCCUCUAGUGGAAAAAGAACCAAAAUCCUUUUUGUGCAAAGAAUCAAAAGCAGCUGAAGCACUUAGGUCAGUUGUUUUUGACAAAAAAUUCCUAGCCAACCUUGAAUAUUAUGUCAGAUUCAGACAUACAGGCAAUGUAGAGAACUUUAACAGCAUGCUCACAAAGUAUGCCCCUAAAAGAGUUGCCUUCGAGUAUAUUUAUUUUAUUGCAAGGAUUGCUCUAGCAGCCAUGGAUCACAACCUCCAUUUGUUCAGAUCACUAGCCGUAUCAAGGGCAGGUAACAAACUUUUCAAGAAAAAGUACAAUAGAAGGACCAAGACAUACCAUGCAGAACCAGUCAAGACUGCAAAGCAGUAUGAUUACAUGUCAUGCUUGCUUUCACGUGUACUGAAAGCCAGAAAGGAAAGGACGGCAACAGUUCUACAAAGAAAUACCCUUAGACAAGAUGAUCCAAAACGCAUCGCACCAAUUGUUGAUCCAAAUGUUCAACCACCUCCAUUAGAACUUUUAAUUCAAGAUAGAGUUUCGAGAUUAAAACAGAUUUAAAUUGAUGCAAUUGCAUGUACCAUAACAUUCUUUCAAAAAUCAACACUUGAUGCAAUACAUACCAACUUACAAAAAUAAAGGUUGACCUCUUCAUAGAGUACAAAUAGCAAAUUUUUAAAACAAAUCUUCUAUUCUUUCUAUGUUUCAAAUAUUAACAUUUUAUUUUAUUUUUGGGCAGGUAUUUUUGUGACAGUAAUUUGUAUUGUUAUUAAAAGUAGUUCCACUGAAAUAUCAUGCUUUAUCAAGGCAAAGGAUGCAUUUUAUUUAAGAUAAAAGGUUUGCAUCAAUAGGAUUGCUUCAGUUCUGAAAAAGUUGUACAAGUUAGAGGUAUAUUUAAUCCCCUGUGGAAUUCUAACCAAAGAAGCUGAUGAUCUACAAUGACAAUUGCAAUUCUCAUGCAAGAAUUUACCCUGACCAAUUUUUUCCUUCACAUUUGCAAAAAACAAAUUAUAAUGGUGAUGACACAAAAAGGGAAGUGUCGAACACAAUUUUUGCUUUUUUAUAUUCCCUAUUAUAUAUAUAUAUAUAUAAAGUUCAAUUAACCUCUUUAAGUGCUUGUAAACAUUUUGUUUACUAAGUGUAGUUAGCAUUAACAUAAAUUAACAUUAGCAUAUUAAUACCUGUCUUGCCUCACAAUAAAAAUUAUUUAGAUUUCUCAUGAAUGUCUGAACCCCAUAUAUACAUCAUCUUGGGAGGGGUAUGCUUUUCUUAUCAUGUUAACCACACAUGAUGGUAAAAUUCUCCUGUUUCCAGUUCCCAAUUUACCAUAUUUCCACAAGGCAAAUUGUUGAUAACCUGCUUUUCGGUAUGCAUUCAUGGUAAACACCAUGGGUUCUGCACGCAUGUCACACUUUGCCAUAAUCUGCAACUUUAAAACAUCCCUGUCAAUGCAAAUCUUGUUGAAAAGUUGGUAUGAGGUUACACAUAUGACCCUUCCACAGCACUUGUUUUCCUCAGGGUCAGGCAUUGAAAUACAUACACCACACUUACACCAAGGCUGAGAGUUUGGUCUUUCUAUGGCCACUCCAGGAUUAGAAAUUGAAAAUAUCAAAUCCCUGACAUACUCCUCGCUCCCUGUACCAACUGCUGCAAAUUCCACAAAAAGCUGUUUGAGGACAUCAUGUGAGAGGUCUUGUAUUAUAUCCUAAAGAAGUUGAUAAGAGAGUUUUAGUAUAUCUUUAUUUGUUGAAAAGUGUUUACUUAAUUAUUGGUAUCAAAUCCUCAGUAACACAGAGUAUAUUUAUAUUUGAGUGCUAAAAUUACCCCUAUUCUUUGUC